AUUGGACAUAUGGAUUACCAGUAGUUAUUUUUGUGACACUAACUUAUAAUACUGUUUUAAUCUUUAACAUAUUUUGUCGAACAAAUAUUAUGGUCGUUGAAUUACCUGUCUAUAUUUAUUUAUAGAAAUUUUUGUUACAUGCUUUUGAAUUUUGAUAUCGAAAUUAUUGUAAAGUCAAUAAUAAGCAAAAGAAGUAAUCCUCAAACUAGUAAGGGAAUAUUUGUUUAAAUUAAAAUACGUGGAAUCAAAGUAGUGUUAAUGUUUUUAUAUACAAUGUACAUGUAUGUGUAUAAGAUACGUAUUUGAAGAACCAUUUAAUAGUAUUGAAUAAUAAUUCUUUCUUUGAUUAAAAAACAAAAACAAAAACGCAUCAACAUUCGGCUGUAAUUGAGCAAUGAAAAUGAAUAAAACAGAAAAUGGAAAUAAGCCUAAGAAGAGAAAUUCGAGGGUUUCGUUCAAGUUGGACAAUAUCGAGGUGGGAAAAGAAAGUGAAUAUUCGGAUGAUAAUAAUGUGAUAUCAUCUGAUGAUAAUUUGGGUGUGAGUAUAGAUGAUGAUAUCAAGGUGAUGAUGUCACAUGACAAAUACAUCGAUAAUUCUGAUGAUGAUGAUGAAAUAAAUGACAUUGGUGAUUAUUUAACUAAUAAUAUCAUAUCUGUAAUGGACAGAUCAAAGGAAAAUGGUAUAAAGAAGGAAAUCGGUGGAGUUAUUUAUGAAUGUCAAACUACUGACCUACACAAAAGACAUGCAUGUUGUUACAUGGAUGCCUUACUCCGGGAGUUGAGUAAUGGUGCUAUGCUGCAUAAGAUAAAAGGCGGAGGGAUUCUAUACACUCGACAGUUCUUUCUCGACAGCAAAUCACUCAAACUCUCCUAUACAGGCUCACAGAGACGGUUCCGCAAGAAGAGUACUUCGUGGGCACUAUCAUCAAUAGAAGAGAUAAGAGAAGGAGAAAAGGACUACGCUAAACGUCUUGAUCACCAUGAUAGAGGGAAAGCUUUUUGUGUGGUUUUUGGUUCGAACCAUGACGUCUUGUAUUUGCUGGCACCGAAUUACGACAUUAGAGACAAGUGGGUAAAGGGGAUGAGAUAUGCUCUACAGCUGAAUCAGUUCCUUAAACAGAAAGAAACGGACAAAUUUUGGAUCUGUGAGGCGUUUGACCGAGCUGACAAGAAUGCUGACGAAAGACUCGACUUUGAAGAGGUCAUGACCUUGUUAAAGAGCCUAAAUGCUGACAUGGACCGAGGAUAUGUCAGGGAAAUGUUUAAUGCAGCUGACUGUCGAAGGGUGAAAGGAGAAAAACCUACGUUAGAUAGAGGAGAGUUUGUACAAUUUUACACUGUACUUACCGAGAGACCGGAAGUCGAGGAGUUAUACGUAAAGUAUGCUAAAGAUGUUGGAUACAUGACAUCCUCAGACUUACAGAUGUUCCUCACUCAAGACCAGAAGGAGACUGAUGUAACUAUAGAGAGAUGUAAGGAGAUUAUUGUAGUGUAUGAACCUCAACCGGAAAUGAAAAAAGCGGAGAAAAUGAGUCUCAUUGGUUUCCGGUGUUUCCUGGUGUCACAACAACAACAUUUGUUUAACCGAAGUCACCGGCGUGUGUAUCAAGAUAUGACGCAACCCAUGACAAACUAUUUCAUGAAUUCAUCUCAUAACACAUAUUUAGCAGAAGAUCAACUUAAGGGACCAAGUAGAGUUGAGUGUUACAUAUCAGCACUGAAAAGAGGAUGCAGAUGUGUAGAGUUGGAUUGUUGGGAUGGAAAUGAUGGGGAACCAGUCAUUUACCAUGGUUAUACAUUAACAUCAAAAAUUUUAUUCCUAGAUGUCAUCAAAGCUGUAAAAGACUAUGCAUUUGUCACUUCACCAUAUCCCGUUACAUUGUCUAUAGAAAAUCAUUGCUCCAUUGAACAGCAAAAUAAGAUGGCAGAGUUCAUGGUUGAAGUGUUUGGAGACAUGUUACAUUAUUAUGACAGCUUGCCAGAAGUCGCACCAUCCCCUCAUGAAUUGAAAAACAAAAUUCUUGUCAAGGGUAAGAAAUUGAAAAUAACUGCUGAACAGCCUGAUGCAGAUGAGGAGGUUACUGAUGAAGACGAAUCUGCAGACGCAAAUGACAAUGUUCAGCAACAGAAAAAGAAAGAGAAAAAACUCAAACUUAGUAAAAAAUUGUCACAGAUUGUAGGAAUGACGAGUGUUCAUUUUACCAAUACCCAGGAGAUACCCUCAGGGAAAGGUAAAUUCACUGUGGUGUCUCUGGUAGAGAAGAAGAUCAGUAAAUUAUUGGACAGCGAGAUUGAUGCUGUAAGUCGUUACACGAGGUCAGUGUUAAUACGAACUUACCCUGACGGUACAAGAACAAACUCCAGCAAUUAUAAUCCUGUACCAAUGUGGUGUGGAGGAUGCCAAGUUGUGGCCUUGAACUUCCAAACUGGUGGCGAGGAGAUGCAGUUGCUACAUGGCCGGUUCCUUGACAAUGGCAACAGUGGUUAUGUGUUGAAACCUCCGUGUCUACAGUCAGAUGAAGGUUUCAUGGCUGUAAUGGGAACAAAACCCUGUAUAGGGAAAAGGUUGAUCAUUCAGGUUAUAAGCGGUUUCCAGCUCCCUAAACCAAAAGAUUCAAAGAAAGGGGAGAUAAUUGACCCAUUCUUAAAGGUGGAGAUACACGGUGUUCAAAGAGAUUCUCAGGGAAAGAAAACAGCAGUUGUGAAAAAUAAUGGUUUCAAGCCUGUAUGGAAUGAGAGACUAUUAUUUGAUAUUGAAGUCCCAGAACUUGCCCUGGUACGGUUUGUAGUGUAUGACAGUGACAGAUAUGUUGACGAUUUCAUAGGUUACUAUGUUGUACCAGUCAACAGUAUUGUAGAAGGAUACAGACAUUUCCCGCUGUUUGAUAAGAAUGGGGACCAAUACGAACAGGCCUUAGUGUUUGUACAUGUUAAAGUUGAGGAUUUACCACCACAGCAGACGCAUUGACAGGCCUCGAGGUCCACACCCAUGUCUCCACUAGGCAAGAAAAUUCUUGCCAACCUUGAGAUUACCCCUGUUCUUAACAAAGCAGAUAUUGGCAAAAAACAGCUGAGAUAUUGAGAUGACUUGUGAUAAGCUUGAGAUUUUCCCUGAUCAAGACUUGGACAAGAAAAACAAAACAGUUACAACUUUUGAAACACACUUGAUAAUCUUGAGAUGUGAAGUUAUUUAGAAAAAAAAAAUAUUUGAGUAAAACACUAGUGUCUGAAGUUCAUUUUCAGUAUUGUUUACAAGAAAGAACUGAAAAAAAUAAAAAGAAAGAUCCAAAUGAGGGAAACUGAUAAUAGAAGAUGAUUUUAUUCAUUUUUAAUGAAGUUAUUAUAUAAUCAUAUAUCAUAAAUAUAUUGAUAUUAUAUAGGUAUAUAUAUAUUUCUAAAAUAGAAUUAGUGAAUGAUGAAAAAGUUGUGAUAUUAAUAAUGCAGUUUAAAGGAUAUUUAUCCUCAAUUUUCUUUUAUAUAAUAAAGAUUUUUGUCACUGAUUUUCAAUAUUUAAGUUUGCAAGACUGAGAUUUUUAUUAUUUUUUUUAAAAUUUGAUCUGGAAUGAACUUAAUAUAUCAUGGUCACUGAAAGUCAUCAGCAAAAAUUUUGUAAAAAAAUGCAUAUAAGAAAAGUACAUAUUUCAAGCAUUAUUUUCAAUUGAAGCAUUGCAGAAAAUUUACAGAACUUAAUUUGCUAAAUAUUUUAAGCUAGAAACAGUACACGCAUUAAAGUAUGUGUAUUUGCAAAAUCAUUAUUUGGGGGUACAUUGCUUGUUUAGAAUUAUCAUCAUGAGCAUUUUGAAUCCUCAAAUUGCCAUGCUUGCUUAAAGAAAAGAAGUUGAAAUUCUUGCAACAAUUUGCCAUAAUUUACAAUACUUUUUUUUAGUUUUUCUUUACUUUGGUUUUAAAGAUUAGCCAUCUUAUCAAGUCUGUUUGCAGAGGAUUAUUGUCCCCAUUAUGUUGGUCAUUGGUGACACAGUCAUCAGUGUAGAAUGCACUGUAUUCCUACAAAGGAAAUUGCAUGGUUUAAGUUAGUGAGUUAAGGUGUAAAAAAAAUUUAACAUUGUCCAGCUUACUAAUUUAAAUGGAUUCAAAGUAUCGAAUUCCGUAGUCAGGUGCAAUGUUAUGACAUAUUUGUUUCUAUUUCUUAUUUCUAUUCUCUCUCAGAACUGUUGGAUUAACAAGUCACUCUUGGUGGGAUGUGUAGUACAUUUAAUUUAAUAAAGACUUAUCAAAUAACUUUUCAGGGAAUUCAUGGUCAUUAAAAAUCUGCAGAAGGUUAUGGUUGAUCAGACAUAAACAUUUACACAGUUCUUAAGAUUUUGCUGAAUGUCAACAACGGACAAAGUUCUGAGGGUUCAGGGUAGUUAAUUUCUAUAAAAAAAUGGAUUUGAGGCAAAGCUCUUUUGUCUUGAUCCAUGAUAAGAAAAAAAGCAUAUAUUUGAUACUUGUACAGUUCGUUUUAUCUUUAAAUGGGAAAGGGAGAAAAUAUAUGCCAAAAUAUGUAAAUAAGAUCUAUACAUGUACAUACAAAUGUAUAAAGAAGGGUGUGGGCCUCUAGUAGUGGGUGUAUAAUCUAGAUGAUAAUGUAAUGGGGAAAGAAAAUAUUAAUAUGCCUUAGAGAACUGUAAAAUAUUUACAUUUAUUGACUUAACUUGUAACCCAAUAGUAAGUUUACACUAAGUUUAAAGUAUGAAUAUUCUUUCUUUCCUCUUUAUGUUAUUUUGUUAUUAUAUUUUUAUACUAUUUUUUUUUCUGUUUUUGUUUUGUUUUGUAAAAUUCCUGUUGGUUUGUCUAUAAAACAAGGAAUAAUUUUAUUAUAACAUUUUGUUAUUUGUUAUAGUUUUGAUAAAAUUUUCUCAAUGAAUAUGAUUUGCUCCAUAAAACAAUAUGUAUUAGACAAUUGUUUACAUGUAUUUAGGAAAAUGAUAAUAUUGUUUUAAUCUUUUUAGGUUAUUAUAUCUAUAAAUACGAAGAUUGUAAAUACUCGUAAAAUGACUUAUAGUUAAAUGCAAUAGAAAGAUAUGUUUUUAAUAUAUGAACUAAAACCUUUAAAGUGUAAUAAACUACAUGUAUAUGUAAUGAAAAAUAUAUGAACUAAAACCUUUAUAGUGUAAUAAACUACAUGUAUAUGUAAUGAAAUAUUUAUAAAACCUAUCAACAUUAACAUUAUGUUGUUCCCAUACUCUUAUGGUCAAUACAUCAAUGAGUUAUAAUACAGAAUGUCAAUGUUAUUAAAAGGCACAUUAUGAUACAGAAAUGAAUGUUUUUUUUGCCUCAGAAGUGAAUGAUUUUCUUCAUCAGAAUGUCUAAAUUAUAGAGGAUUUUAAGUAUAUUAGAUGUUUUAGAUCGGAAAUAGGUAUUGCUAAAUGUGUAAUAAAGUUAGCAAAAUGUUGACUUUAAUACAGAAUAAUAAAUUAUAUUAACUAAGUAAAUGACAGUUCAUUUAUCA